CUCUCUUUCUCUUUGUUCCAUACUCUCUGUUGUGGCAAAAGUGUAAAUCUUUAGUGAAACAGAGAGAUGGACUUUGAUGAGGAGCUUAAUCUUUGUACCACCAAAGGUAAAAAUAUAGAUCCUUCUUGUGGAGAAGGUUCUUCAACAACGUCCCCAAGAUCCAUGAAGAAGAUGAGAAACCUUGAUCAUCGACCUAAACCCUAUUUCUCAUUUUCUUCUUCUUCUUCUUCCAACUCCUUGGGAGCUUUCCCCUUUCAUCUCGAUCCAACGUUUCAAAAUCAACAACUCGGGUACGUUCCGGUUAACCAGCAACACGACCAGAAGCAAAUGAUCUCGUUUAGUCCUCAACAGCCGCAACAGCAGUAUAUGUUCAAGUACUGGAGCGACACGUUGAAUCUAAGCCCAAGAGGAAGAAGAAUGAUGAUGAUGAACCAAGAAAGUAUCGUUCAGCCGUACAGCGCAACCAAGCUUUACAGAGGAGUGAGACAACGUCAAUGGGGGAAAUGGGUCGCGGAGAUACGUAAGCCAAAGAGCAGAGCACGUCUCUGGCUUGGUACCUUUGAUACAGCCGAAGAAGCUGCCAUGGCUUAUGACCGUCAAGCUUUUAAAUUGAGGGGUCAUAACGCAACACUUAAUUUUCCGGAGCAUUAUGUGAAUACAGAAGUUGAGGUUCAUGAUUCAAGCUCGUUGGAUCAGAAACAGACCCAAACGCAGCAGCCAAACGAGGUUAACUUGGAGAACAAGGAAGUAGCGGUGAGUGAUGGUGGGUUAGAGGAAGGGAUGGCUGAGGCGUGGUUCAAUGCGGUUAGAGCUGGAUGGGGUCCAGAGAGUCCUCUUUGGGAUGAUUUGGAUAGUUCUCAGUUUUCACAAAGCUCAUCUUCUUGUCCCAUGAAACCCUUCUUUUGAAAAAGGUCAUAACAGUUUAGGUUAUAGUUUAGGGUUUUGUUCAUUAGCAUUUGGAUGGAGACAGUUUUUGUGAUCUCCCACUCCAUACAUUAGUAUCAUUGUUCAUCAUUUACAUGUGUGUGUGUGCUGCUGAUUUUGCUACAUAUAUAGAUGUACCUUUUUGUUCCUUGACUUUGUUUCCUGGCCUUGAACAAGUUUAUUUAUCUGCACUGGAAAGAGUUAGCACC